AUGAAGAGGGAAAGCUCUGAGUAUCUGAGUCGGAAAAAAUGGGGGGUAAAGAUUUUGACUUUGAUGUGCGUUGUAUAUUUGGUCUUGGUUAGUUUAGAAGCUCCCAUUGUGUACAAAAGUGGGUUCAGAUUAGUUUCGCCGGAGCUUUUCGGAAACGGGCAGUUGAGCUCAGAAGUGCUCGACAGCCGAGAGAACGUGGAAGAGAAAGAUGCUCCCAAUCGCCCACUGGACGUUCCUUUUCCGUUCCCGCCCGAAAGAAGAAUCAAAGAGCUUCGGAAUCAUCCGUUAUCGAGCAUAGUGUUCGACGAUAGCUUCUUGAAUGCGAGCAGAGAAGGCGGAUACGCCGGGAUCAUGAAGUCCGCCGCGGUAGCUUUUGAGGCUGGGAGAAAGCUCUGGGAAGAGCUCGAAUUGCCGAGAGAAGAAGUUGUUAUGGAGGAGAGCAGCAACAGAAAAGAGAAUUGCCCUGACUCGGUUUCCAUGUUCGGAGCCGAGCUUUUGACGAACGGUAACAUGAUGGAGUUGCCUUGUGGGCUCACUCUGGGCUCGCACAUAACGGUGGUGGGGAGGCCUAAACUAGCGCACCCAGAGAGCGACCCCAAGAUAUCAGCGCUAGAGAAAGGUCAAUUCUUGAUGGUUUCGCAGUUUAUGAUGGAGUUGCAGGGGUUGAAGACAGUUGACGGCGAGGAACCGCCCAGAAUUCUGCAUUUCAAUCCUCGGUUGAAGGGUGAUUUUAGUGGAAAGCCAGUGAUUGAGCUCAACACUUGUUAUAGAAUGCAGUGGGGCACUGCACAGCGCUGUGAGGGGUGGCAAUCCAAGAAUGAUCAGAAAACUGUAGAUGGAAAGGUGAAAUGCGAAAGCUGGAUUCAAGAUGAUUAUGGUGAUGAUGAUGAUGAUGAUUAUCAUUCUGAACAAUUGAAGUCUGCAUGGUUGUCAAACAGUUUAAUGGGACUAAAAGAGAAGCUGUCUUUGGGUAGGUCGUUUCCAUUUUCAGAGGACAAGUUGUUUGUACUAACCCUUAGUGCUGGCGUUGAGGGUUAUCAUGUGAAUGUUGAUGGGAGGCAUGUAACCUCGUUUCCAUAUCACACUGGAUUUACACUUGAGGAUGCCACUGGCUUGUGGUUGAAUGGUGACAUCGAAGUUGAGUCUGUAGUUGCUACCUCCUUGCCCACAUCAUAUCGUAGUUUUACUCCUCAGAAAGAUCUUGAUCUGUCAGACAGGUGGAAGGCCCUGCCUCUUCCUGAUCGACCUGUGGAACUAUUCAUUGGUGUUCUCUCCACAGGCAACCAUUUUGCAGAGCGAAUGGCUAUAAGGAAGUCAUGGAUGCAGCAUAGGCUUAUCAAAUCUUCAAAAGUUGUAGCUCGAUUCUUUGUAGCAUUGCAUGCAAGAAAAGAGGUGAAUGUGGAGCUGAAGAAAGAAGCAGAAUUUUUCGGUGACAUUGUCAUAGUUCCAUACAUGGACAGUUACAACCUUGUAGUUGUGAAAACAGUUGCUAUCAGUGAAUAUGCAGUUCAUAUUGCAUUUGCAAAAGCUAUUAUGAAGUGCGACGAUGACACAUUUGUGAGAUUAGAUGCAGUACUGAAUGAAGUGAACAAAGUACCAGACAGCAUGAGCUUUUACAUUGGAAAUAUCAAUUAUUACCAUAGACCCCUGAGGAGUGGUAAAUGGGCUGUUGCAUAUGAGGAAUGGCCUGAAGAAGUUUAUCCGCCUUACGCGAAUGGGCCUGGAUACAUGAUUUCAUCAGAUAUCGCGCACUUUAUAGUCUCCAAAUUCAAGAGACACAAGCUGAAGCUGUUCAAGAUGGAGGAUGUGAGCAUGGGAAUGUGGGUAGAGAGUUUUAACAGCACAAAACCAGUGGAAUAUGUACACAGUUUAAAGUUCUGCCAAUCUGGGUGCAUACAAGAUUAUUACACAGCUCACUACCAAUCUCCUCGCCAGAUUAUGUGCCUGUGGAACAAUUUGCAGAAACUGGGAAAGCCCAUAUGCUGCAACAUGAGAUGACACUUCAUUUAUGAUAGACAACACAGU